CGUCGACAUCCUGGACGUGGCGACGGACGCCGACACGGGGGACAUGUUCCUCGUCAUGGAGCUCGUCGCCGGCGGGCUCACCCUGCGCGAGCACCUCUACAAGCCUCUCUCGGAGGACGUGGCCCGCGUGAUGAUGCGGCAGCUCCUGGACGCGGCCGAGAGGCUGCACGGAGCCGGCGUCGUCCAUCGGGACAUCAAGCCCGAGAACGUCCUCGUCACCAUGUUCGGCGAGCUGAAGGUGGGCGACUUCGGGUCGGCGACGCGCCGGAGGCCGCCCGGUGUGCCGUACGAGAAGUGCCGCGUGGGCACGCUGAUCUACACCUCGCCGGAGCAGCUGGAGGGGAACCGGUGCUACGGGCAGGCCGUGGACAUGUGGGCGCUCGGGUGCAUCAUGGCUGAGCUCCUGGCCGACGGGACCCUGUUCGUGGGAGACACGGAGGAGGGCAUGGUCGCCGAGAUGGCCAAGCUACGAGAGCAGAUCGCCUCCACGGGGAAGAUGGACCUGGAGUGGUUCCCGGAUCUUUCGGAAGCCGGGCACGGCCUCCUCACUGGCAUGCUUGCAUUCGACCCCGACCAGAGGCUCACGGCGGUGGAAGCGCUUCACCAUCGGUGGUUCAACAACAACGAGGCCUCUGCUUCGUGACUGUUAAGUUAAUUAGCUUCAUUAGACCGAUGGACGAAAUGUUCAGUGCAUUGCUCUGUGGUGUCCCAGAGUUAGCUUAAUUAUCCUGCAACCCUUCUGCAGGUUUGUUUUGGGGAAAAGGUUUGGAUAAAUUUAAGCGUGUAUGCACCAACUUAAU